UGUGUAUGUCUGUGUGUGUUACAGUGCAAGCUAGAGCAGCAGGCGUGUCUUACUGGGAAAGCUCUCACCCUGAAGUGUUCAGGUCUGUGUCCUUGCCCGACUGCGGCGCCUGCGUCCAGGGAGGGGAAACACGAGAGCUGCACCGGGCAGGAUCUGUCUGAUCUCGGCGAGCGUCUGAAGGACUGGUUCCAGCUCCUGCAGACCAACGCCAAGCAGAACAACAACAGCAAGCAAGGGGCCAGAUCCCCAGCAGCCAGCACUGCGUCAGUGCUGGACAGGAGCCUGGUCGCCAGCUGUAAGGACUCCAUAGGUUGGAUGUUCUCCAAGCUCGACACCAACAACGACCUUUACCUGGAUCAGGCCGAGCUGGCUGCCAUCAACCUGGACAAAUACGAGGUCUGCAUCCGGCCAUUUUUCAACUCCUGCGACUCCUACAGGGACGGGAAGGUUUCCACGGCUGAAUGGUGCCUCUGCUUCUGGAGGGAGAAGCCGCCCUGCCUAGCAGAACUGGAGAGGAUUCAAGUUCUGGACGGCGGGAAGAAAAAGUUUGGCCGAUUCAUCCCCAGCUGCAACGAGGACGGCUACUACAGGAAGCAGCAGUGCGACAGGGGCGAGUGCUGGUGCGUCGACCAAAACGGAGGAGAAGUCGCGGGGUCUAGGAUUCGUGGCAAGCCGGAUUGCGAUUCUGAAAUGACAUAUUCAGGGGAUUUUGGCAGCGCAGUUGGAUGGGAAGACGAGGAGGAGAAAGAAGCUGAGGAGACUGCAGAGGAGGCUGAGGAAGAGGAGGGAGAGGUGGAAGAGGUGGAUGACGGGGGGUAUAUCUGGUAAAAGGGUCAGCUUUUAGCCCCACCUCUAUGUGGAAGCAUUUAACGGUCCCAAACACACACACACACACAUAUAUAUAUAUACUGCUGACGAUGGACGUGAUUAAGGCACUCCACUCCGAUUUAUAAUGGGUUAGAAAAACAGGAGGGAAUGUCGUGAUUUGGAAGGGGGUCAGAUGCUAAUGGGAGUAUUUAUUGUUUCAGGGUGUUCUUAUCUUGGGAAACAGGAAAUGGGAGAUGUUAUUCAGAAAUUUUGGGCUUGGGAGU